GUGACGACUAAAAACUUGGAGCAGCACAGUUUUUCUUUCCUUGGCUAGAGUAUUAACAAUACUUUUAGAAUGGGCUUACCUGCACAGGUAUCAGCCCGAUACCAGUAUUCAGAACCUAUCUUUGGAGUAGUUACCCCUGGAAUUAUCCAAGAUACUUUGCUUCACAUGGCUUUAGAGAAUGAGCGGUAUUUGAGUGAGCUGUGUUGUGAAGCAGGCUGUUUCAAAGACACACAGAUAGUAGAAUUCGUUUUUCUUUUAGCUGGGAAGUGGAGCCUAACUGAAUCAGCCACAUAUCAAGCAAUAGAAAUAUUUGAAAGGUAUAUGCUCAAACUUUUAGAAGAGUUCUCUAAUUUGACUCUAGGAAAGGAAGAAGACAGCAAUUGGACCUCACUGAAAGUACAAAUGGAAGACACAUAUAUGCUGCGUUUAGUCUCUUGCAUUCAGCUUGCCAGCAAGCUUUCUUUCCAUUACAAAAUCGUUAAUAACAAAAUGGUUCUGAAGUUUCUGAAGUCUUUGGGUUUCUCAUACACUACAGAAGAAUUAUUAGAAUCAGAACUAGCUAUUUUGAAGGCUCUGAAUUUUCAAGUCAAUGUUCCAGUUCCACUUGCCUAUGUUGAAGUUCUCCUAGAAGUUUUAGGAUACAAUGGCUAUUUACUUCCCACAAAAGAGCUGCAUGAAAUGUGCAAACAUUUAUUGAGUUUAUCAUAUCUGUUGCGGAACAGUAUUUAUGAUACUUUGCUGAAGUCUUCAAUAGAAAACUCCUCACCAAGUGAACUUCAACUAGCCAAAUUUGCAUCUGUAAAGGAAGACCUCAUGCUACUAGCUGUAGGAGUAAUUGGUGCAAGUUCUUUCCUGCUAAACCAUGAAGACUGGAAUCAGGUUGUGGACUACCUCAAUAGCACCACAGGCAUCAGUCUGCAGAGCAUUACUGAAGCAGUCUAUGCAAUUCUGAAGCACAGUCUAGGUAAUACGGUGAAUGGUUGUUAGAAACCCUUCAUUUUUCUGAAGUUGAAAAGCCUGCUUAUCACAAUAUGUACUAUAGUAUUUGAC